CACACACACACACACACACACACAGAUACAGAGAAAGAGAGAGAGGGAGCCCAAUCUGUUUCUAUGUAUAUUUCUGCAAAACAUGCAUUUUCUGAUACACUCUAUAUUCCGUUUAUGAAGCUCAUUAUUUAUUAUUUGAUCUUGCUGCCCCGUUCACAAACACAUACACAACACGCACAUUUGUUCAUUAUACUAGUUUUCAUUUACUUUAUGGUUAACUCUACGUUAAACGAUAUUCCAUGAAAGAGCUUGCUCUUCUCGUUAAAUUAAAAGUACAAUCUGUAAGUGAUUCAUGCUAAAAUUUAAGCACACAUUAAAGAAAAAAAAUAACAAAAACAAAAACUAGCCAAUAAAAAAGGUUCCUUCUAUUUUGUUUCAAAAAGAAAAAUAAUGGCAGGAAGCUUUUUCUUCUUCUCAUUUGCUGCCUCUCGCAUAGCAGCACACUAUCACAGAGUAGUAAAAAAAAAAAAAAAAAAAAAAA